AUGGAAAGUCAACUGAAAGUAUCAGAAAACGAGCAUCGCUUUUACUGGGAGCUCUUCAACUUCCUGGAUGGAGACAACUGUGGAAUUUUAUCCAUGAAUCAGGUCUACGAGCUGUUUGUUACCUCAGGCCUGUCUCAAGAAGUACUCCACCAGAUUUUUGAGUUGAGCGGAGCAAAGCAAGCCGGUCACUUCGGUCGAACGCAGUUCUUCAUCGCCCUUAAGUUCAUCGCUGCUGCCCAGAAUAACUUUGCCCUAGUUAACGAAAUCUGGACUGCAGGAAUUGAGUUACCGUAUCCUAGAAACAUCAAAUCCAACUACAACAACAACAGCAUUAUCAACAGUUACAGCAAUUACAACAACCGCAACAGCAGCAGCAACUACAACCACCUCUACAACAACAACAACAGCAACUGCAACAACAACUUCAACAACAACUCCAACAACAACAACAAAUUUUUUUGA